AACAGCCAGUCAAAAAUGUAGGCGCCCACUAAAAGUGCGAGCGGCCCCUCUUGUUAUGCAAAUGCAGUUCUAUUUAACAGACGCCGACGCGUAAUAACGCUACAAUUGAGUAGCGCGGGAACACAACCCAAAAUAUAAUCUCGAGAUUUUUUUUUCACAGUGUCUGCGGCGCCACACAGUAUCGUUACGGCUGGCGACGGACCAGUGAAGAAGCGACGGGAGGUGUUCCCUUUCACUUCAGAAAAGCGAACACCAGGCGAACGGAGACGCCGAAGCGCUCGGUUCCGACGCGACGGCGACCGGCUUGAGUUAUUCGGUUACGACAAUAUGACAGAAUCCUCUUUCGUCUCACUUAUGAACACAACACAGACUGAGCAAACCCGGCUGAAGUUGGGAAAGCUGAAAGUGGCACGGCAGAGGUUACUACAGCGUUACGAGCACCAGCCCUUCGUCUCCUGUCUAGCGGGACUCUAUGGAUGCCAGUGGAGACGUUACCAGCUCACACACGCUCAGCCUGGACACUUCUGCUGCUCUAAGCUGGAGUGUGGCAGUUUUGCUCUGAUUGUCCUGACCUUUUGUCUCAGUCUGGUGUUCCUGUACUUCUGGAGUGAAGCUCAGAAUGACUACAAUGACUUUGACUGGUUUAAUUUUGGUAAUCUGGGCUUCUGGUUUCCGUGGUCCAUAGUUUUGUUGAUUCUUGCUGUUUUUUUGUUCACAUAUGUAGCUGUUCUGCUGCUGCUGGCGGUUUGUCUUCUCUCCGAAGGCCGGAGGUUAUAUCUACAUUGGUGUCACAAGAUCGGGAUAUCAGUGACUUUGAUUCUCUCCAUUGUGGCCACGUCUGUUCUCACAGAUUUAUGGAGCAAGGAGUGGAUGACUGUACUUUUAUCUUUUCAGGUAACUGCUCCGUAUCUACAUAUAGGUGGUGUAGUUUUAAUGACUCUGUUAUCUUGGCCAAUAGCCUUUCAACUCUUCCGUAUCAAUAUGAGAGUGAGACGGAUGACCAUCACGGUGCUGUAUAUAACCGUUCUAUUGACUCUGUACCUAGUUCCUCUGGGCAUGUACUCCCCCUGCAUUAAAGAGAGGAGCAGUCUGGGAUCAGCUCCUGCUUUAAUUGGACACAGGGGAGCACCGAUGCUUGCCCCUGAAAACACCUACAUGUCUUUUAAGAAGGCAUUGUCAGCUGGAGCCGAUGGUCUGGAGACUGAUGUCACUAUCAGUUACGAUGGAGUUCCUUUCCUCAUGCAUGACAAGAACCUAGGCAGGACAACUAAUGUAAAAGACAUUUUCCCAAACUGGACACGCACAUCACCUGCCAUGUUUACUUGGAGAGAACUACAGAGACUCAAUGCUGGAUCCUGGUUCUUCUCUCAAGACCCCUUUGGAACAGCUUCAUCUCUGAGCCCAGAUGAGCGUUUGCAAGCUCAGAAUCAGACUGUGUGCACAUUGAGGGACUUCCUGGAUCUGGCUGCUCAACAUGGGAAACUAGUGAUCUUUGAUCUGUAUCGGCCGCCUUGGGGUCACCCUUAUAGAGAUGCCUGGAUAUCUCGCACCCUGGAUGUCAUCCAUAAUGAGUCAUCUAUUCACUCCAGUCAGGUAUUAUGGUUGCCUCCAGGUCUCCGAGAGUUUGUACAAGAAAUCGACCCAGAAUUACAGCAGACGACAGCUGAACAAGCACCAGCGGAGGACCUUCAGCUCAGACACAUAUCCAGACUCAACAUCCAUUACAGCUCCAUGUCAGAGAAAGAAAUCAGAAAAUACGCUGCUGCUAACAUCAGCACCAACCUGUACGUGAUCAGCGAGCCGUGGCUGUAUUCUCUCGCCUGGUGUGCAGGGGCUCAUUCUGUCAUCACUAACGCUGUUCACAUCCUCAGAAACCUGCAAAGACCGCUCUUUCUCAUGACACCAGACGAGUACAGGCUUAUGUGGAUUCUUACUGACAUCAUUUCCCUUAUUCUUGUCAUGAUUAUCUUUGUGUUUCACUGGUGGAGGGAGCGUGGUUUGGCUCUCAGUGCGGAAAGCAGCUCAGUACUUGAAAAUCAGACCUACAGACAGUUCAGGACAGAGGUGAAUGAUGUCUGGUCUUUGUCCAACAUGAGUGACUCUGACGAGCAGGAACCAUCUCUUUGAAGUGCCUGAUGAAGUGUGUUGGUUCAUUUAUAACCUAUAUAUAUAUAACUUAUAAUAAAAAAUCUCUAACUGAUGUUCAGUUAAGCCAGUAUAAACCACAGUUAUUGUGGUACAUUGAAAUCACCCUUACAUUUGAUACAUUGUAAGCGUAUGAGUAGCUGUCCUGUUGAUAGUUUUCGCAUGACGUCACGCCUCCUUGGCGGGCAAAAGAAAUGUAGUUAAUGUAGUAAAACAUAUAUAUUAACAGGUGAAAUUCAGUAAACAACUUAUUGAUGAUGUAUGUUUUGUACAGGCAAGCAGAUGAAGCCCGAAUAUAAACGCAACAAGCAAAGUUUCACAUUAAGAGGUUUUCCACAGAAAACCGUUUUAAGGAAAACACUGAACCAUUUAAGCGGAUUGCAUUCAUAUUCCAGCCUCGUCUGCUUUUCUAUGUAAACUAUGCAUCAUUAAUAUUAAUAAUUUUAUUAUUACCGUUUUAAGGCACUUUAAGUGUGUUUACGAUGUUUUGUCACGCUGUUUUAAGGAUUUAAAUAUUGCAGCAGGUCCAUAAUAUCGUUGGACAAAACGUACAUUUUGUUCACACACCUUUGUUUUAUUGUUUAAAGAGGUCAUCUAAAUAUUUGGGGCUGUGAAACAGAUGGAAAAUUGCCACAUUUGUGCUGCAGUUCUUUGGAUGUUUUGCCCCUUCCAGGUCUUCGAACCGGUCAUGUAUUUGGAAAAGUAUGAACUGUGAUAUGAUACAAUGCAAUCGCUAAAUUCUAGUGACUAAUCUUGCACCUCAGACUUUAUAUUGUCAUUUGAGUUAUUGUCUUUCACAAGCCCCAGGUUCUGUUAAUGCUACUGUAAAGGUUUCCAUUUCAAGCCUGAAUGGAAAUAUUUGUCAUGUCAAUGAACCUGAUGUUUUCCUCACUGAAAUAUUAGUGGAUCCUCUGGUUUUAUGUUUCAUCUUAAGUGGUAUUUAAAAUCCAUGUCAUGGUUUUGACUAAAUCAUUGCUCCCAGACGGGAGCUUAAUAGUGUAAGAAUCCAAGAAGUCAUAAAUCAUUUUUGUGCUCAUCUUUUGUCUUUUUUGUCUCGUUUUAAAACUUGUUUCUAUCUUGGUUUUUUAUUACUUGAAUAAAUCUUGUCUGAUUCAUUUAUGGGGA